AGAUGCGCAAAGAGUUUGUUGUCAAAGUUGUUUGUAAACAUUCUGAACAUUGAAGAUGCUUUGAUUUCCCCUCUUCCAUUCCCUUACUUGCAAAAAUAUAAAAAAGAUGGUUUGAUUGAGUGAUAGAUUUCGUUCUUGCUUGAUUAUUUUGCAACUGUGCAACGAAUAAGGGCAGAAAGGAAGAAAUAUGGACCAAAAACGGCUCUCCGUUCCGGACGUGCGUUGCACAGCAUAUGUGUCUAAUCUUCCUUUCAAUUUAACAAACAUUGAUGUGAAUAAAUUAUUCGCUAUUCACGGGAAAAUUAUAAAGGUUACUAUUCUUCGAGACAAGAUGACUAGAAAAAGCAAGGGCGUUGCUUUUAUCCUCUAUUCCAAGCCACAAGAGGCACUUGAGUGCUGCAAUGCCUGCAACAAUGCGGAGAUGUUUGGACGUAUGUUGAAGGCGAGUAUAGCGAAGGAUAACGGCAAAGCACUGAAGAAUGCUCACCGGAAACAUUAUCCGAAUAAGAGUCGUUGCUUCGAGUGUGGCAGUGAUGGUCAUUUGAGUUACAGCUGCCCAAAGAAUGUUCUCGGCAGCAAGACACCACCACACAAAAAUACAAAUGGAAGGACACAUUCACAGCACGAUGCUGUCGAGGACUUUGAGUAAUCGGACAACGAUAAUUUAGGCAUCGGAGGGCGGCUAGAAACUAUCAGCAGAGUUCAGUAUAAGAAACACAAUGAUUUUAGCGAUGAAUGAUCUUAAUUCGUAUCCAUCCAGUAACCAAACAAAGGAACUUAACAUGCGUUUGUGCUUACGUUAAAAAUAAA